AUGGCCCCGGAGGCCCCAGAUCCCCAGAGCCUGAAAUCAUGGCAAGAUGCGUUUCAAUACCCGAUUCCUACCGUCCGUCGGUUGGAACAGGAAUUGCGCCGCGACAUCGCGAGCAAUAAGGAGAAGCUCCGAGCUCUCGUGGGUACUCGCUACCGAGAGCUUGUUGGGACGGCCGAAACAAUUGUGGUGAUGAAUAAAGAGAUUCAGGAAGUGGAUUCGAUAUUGUCUGACGUUGGACGGCGAUGCAACCCGCGCUUGGUUGAAAAGAAACACCAGCAUGCGCGACAGAUGAAGCGGGAUAUAGUGGAAAAGGAUGCCGAUAAGUAUACGUUUGGGGCCCAGCUGGCUCUCCUCCACCGGUGUACGACAUCAAUUGCGCGACUGUUGCGACGACGCGCCUCGCUUUUAUUAGUCGCGAAGAUCUUGGUGGUCUCGCGUCUUCUACACAAGACCAUAUCUCAGCAGGAAUCGACUCCGCCAUUCCUCGAUGACCUCCGCAAGCAACUGGCAUCCUUACGUCUUACCCUUUUGAAUCGGAUUGAUAAGCGCCUGGCAUCUUCAAAUUCCACUGAGGAAACCAUUAUAGAAUCACUGGCCGCUUAUUGUCUCGUUUCAAGCCCUUCCUCCGAUGAAGCUAUCCACAAAUUCCACCAAGUGCGCCUUGGCGUCAUCACCAGCCAGCUAGAGAAGACACGCGAGAACAUUCCCAAGACACUCCGCCUUCUUGUUGCCACCCUCCAUACUUCCAAGAUCCUGCGAUCGCGCCAAUUCACCGAUGUGCUAUCAAAACUCAAGUCUAGGCCAGUCUUAUCUGACCCAGAAAUUCGUAGCUUGGAUGGUCUGGAGAUCGAGAUUCUUGGCCGCUUCGCAGCCCCAGGAGUCAUUAACUUCACGCCAUAUAUCAAGCUGAGUGAUUUAAGCCGCAGUGAAGGUGUGGAUUCCAUUAAGGAGUGGUCAUUAACUGCGUUUGAGAAUUUUGCCGAAGGUUGCCAAAAGAGUCUCACUCAUAGCAAUGACUUUCAGGAACUUUUGUCUCUACGUACCGAAACCUUUGAGCUUUGGCUGGAAUCAUGGGGAUCUAAUAUUAUGCACCGCUCGGUGAACGUGCUUGAGCGCCUUCGUGGCGUUUUCAAUGACAAUCUCAAACGCGUCCUGGCCACAAAAGUGCAAACAAUCGACGAACUAUCUAGUCACAUUUCUGCAACAAUCUCAUCCUGGGAUACUUCAAAACAUCACAACUCGAAUGGGUCACUUUGGGACUCGGAUAUCAUCUCUGCAGACUACUCCAACGGCGCUGCAACUUUCAAGCAAUCCGUCACUGACAAGCUUCUUGGUCGUGAUGCUGACGUAUCCGCGGUUCUGGUUAAAUACCAAUCUUGGCUCGCUUCUAUUCGGGACGUGAACCAGUCUAUCGACUCACUUCGUCGGCUUAGAUGGGCCGAUGUUCUGGUCGGUAGUGAAGUUGAAGAUGACGAUAUAAACAUUAUCCCUCAACUGAAUGAGGAAGAUCCGCGCCUUUUGUCCGAUUCUUUACAAACGGCAAUGCGCCAAGCAUUUACCACCCUCCAGGCUUCGUUCGGUGAGGCUUUCAAUGCAUUUGGGUCAUCGCGUCAAAGCGAAAAGGCCACAUUCCUGCUGCGACUCAUUCGACUCGUUCGUCGCGAUAUUCCCACGGGCUUCAUUGCAGAUGACUUCCUCUUCUCUAGCGAUGUUGUGCCGGGUCUGCAAAAACUUCUCGCGGCCGAAAUUGUGGCCCAAGCUGGCUCCCUAUCCUUUGUCCCAUCGUCCAACACCCAUCCAGAGACAAAAAAGCUCAAGGUUGUUCCCGGCCGGUCCCUCUGGGAAGGUGAGCCUUCAGCUCCGGUCCAACCAUCUCCAGGUGCAUUCAAAUAUCUCCGCCGCCUGGCCGCUAUCAUGGAAGAGAACGGGUCUGAUUUGUGGGACCCGUCGACUUUGAGAGUCUUGAAGGAGGCACUACAAACACAGCUCGAGGCUCUGAUUGGAUCUUCCUUAGAUGAGCUGGAAACCUGGAACUCCCCAGGUGAUUCCAGCGAGUCACCAGAGACGAAGGGUGAUGAUUCUAAAGAGGACAAGGAGGACGGCAAGGAGGAUGAGCCUGUCUCCGUGUCAAAGGAACAAAAGAAUAAACCAGAAGUCUCCGAAGACCCUUCUCGCUCUGAUACCAUUCGCGACUGGAAAAUCCAACUCUUCUUCGACGCCAUCUAUCUUGCCCACAUGCUGGGCGACCCGGCUCAGCUGGCUGAUGUCGCAGGUCGUAUCCAAAAGAGUGCCGAUACCACCCCGGAUAUGCUCAAGUCUAUGCAGAAGAUGGGCCAAGAGUAUUGGAAGCGGACUGAGUUGUUGUUUGGAUUGUUGGCAGAGCAAUAG